AUGGUAGGAAUUUCAGUUGGAUCGCACGAAGGGGUACCAACACUGGAAUUAAAGUAUGCUGAUGUGCUCAUUAGUGGUAGCACCUUGACCCAGAUCCUUGAGAAUACUGUGCCACAAGAGGCGUCAUCAAUCGAAGUGCUCAGCGAGGUGAAUUGUGAACUUUUGGACUGGGCAAUUGAUCGCACUCUCGCUUUGUCUCAAUCCUUACUGGAUGGUUUCCAUCCACUCCACUUGAUGCUAUGUGGGACCAGCUCCAUGAUCUCGUUAGCCAGUUACCUUCUUGAUUACUAUGCGGGAACUAAUUGUGCAGGUUGGAUAGACGCACGUGAAAUCAGCUGUCCCAGCAAGACAAAGGCAUUGGAAGCAUAUAGCAAUGUAAUCCAGUAUUUAGCAACUAAAUAUCGUUGUCAGCCGCUGAGAAUUCUUCCGAUAUGGAAGCGAAUGGAUCUUGUCUUUUCGUCAACGAAAGGUGGAGAAAAAUCAUUAACAGCAAAUGGAAGUCUCGUUAAGCACUGCCAUCUAUUCAUGGCAAGACUUCUGCCGGUUGUAUUGGGAAAGGAUAGAGGAGAAGGCGAACAGAAGAAACGUGUUGGACUGGAACUGGAGCGUCAGGCAAAAGUCAUGCUCAAGAUUUGUACGACAUUGAUGAGAAUGAUGGACAAUCCCAAGUGUUUUAUAACGAUGUUCAAAUUCACCAUGGGAAUGUUGGAGAAGAACACCGUUGCUAAUAGCCUCACGUUACGCCAUUUGUUGAAAUUUCUGUGCUCAUUGGCACUGAAAUGCACGGAUACGGACCACACAGUGGAAAGAACUUUGAACACAAUUGCUGACGAUCUUUUGCAGGUUUUGAGUGAAGAGGGUGAUGAAUGCAAGUACAAAUUUGUGGAGAACGCUUCCCAAGCGACUAUCUGUGACUUUCUCACUUUGUAUAUUGAAAAAUCGCUGGUGGCCGUACAUUCAGUCAUCACAUUUGCAGCAGCAUUUCAAGCCAAAGAUCAAAGGAUGGAUGAACUACUUGCGGCUGCAUUGAACAAAUGUGAUCAUUGCUGUGAGCUAACGUCUAGACUUCUGCCACUUCACUCACAAUUCGCUGUCGAACGGGAAAGGCUUGUUCAAACGUUGACCACUCUCUUCAGCGCAAUUCAGGAACCGGUCGACUGGAUGCGGAAUAAUGUGAAGAACGUCCCUGAAAUGGUUGAAUGGAAGUCAUUGACUAUUCUAAGUGAGCUGCUCAAGGAGAGACUGCAAGCGAUCAUGGCGAUUGCCGAUGAGCAUGUCGGCAUUUUUAAUCCUGAAGAAUUCAAAGCAUCUCGCAAGAAAAGCACACGUAAGGACGAGGUGAUUUACGUGAAGUACGUGCGAGCACGUGAGGCACUUCAAAGUCGAGUUUUGUUGAUCUCGGAAGCAUUGAAUGAGGACCGACUAAAUUUCCAAGUAAAGAAGAACACAAUAGGAAUGCGCGACUUCCGCAUCAAUUUGAACACGCUGAGAACACGUGUUGUACAGAGUGAGGACGAGGUAGAACCGAGAAGGAAAAGGAAACGUGGCACUCACACCAAGGGGAGGUCACGGGAGAUCGAAAACGAUGUGGAUUUAACGGGAACAGCAGAGGAGGAUGAUACAACCAUACUGGGGAAUGGGAAGGAGAAUAGUCGCAUGAGUGAAGUAUACUAA